CCCCCCGAUCCCACACAGAAAUAGUUUUUUUUUGUGUCGAAUGUUAAUGAACUUUUGCGCUAGUUUUACCGUAAAGCCCGAAUAAACAUUCAACACUAACACUAACAACAACAACAACAAAAGCUGACAAAAGUUUUUUGAACUUGCCUUCCACACAAAAAAAAAAGUUUUUUUUUAACAUUUGCUUUUCGUUCUUCGUGUGUUUCAGUUUUUCGUUUCGGUUUUUUUUUUUUUGUUUUUUUGGGAGGGUUUCUUAUAUUUUUUGAGUUGUCGAAGGUGGAAUUUGGUCGUUGGCUUUCUAUAGAUAGAUAUUUGGUGAGGAGAGAUCUAUGUGGUGGGGAGAACACGAACACACAAAAUGAGUUAUUACCUGUGAGAUCUGCAGUGAAAGUAAAGUGAGGCAUAGGAAUAGUAUAGAUAAUACCCAGUAAGGAUAAUCCCAGGCAAAAAAAUACAAGUAAAAGAUUAUUGAAACCAUAUUUAAAUUUACGAUAAGUUCGGAGCCCAAUAAUAUGCAGACAGCUGUCUGUUCUAUAAAUCAACUUUGAAACGCUAUAAAUAACAUUCGUAAACAACAAAUGAAUGAAAGUACUUACGAUGCUAGGCUAUCUAUAUUAUCGGAAAUUAACCAUUCCUUUAUGAGCAUAUUCGAAUUUUAUGAUCGCAAAAAAUUCCCACACUUCAAACGAUAUUGUGCAAGGCAUUUGCCUGCCAUAUACGAGUAGUAUAACCAGCCAUACGAUCGGAUCUCUAUCCACAAACGUUUUGCACUUUAGUCUGUGCGCUAUUUUUGUUGGUUUUAUUUUCGUUUUAGUUUGGGAAUGUUGUGGCUUUUAGAUACCGGAAUUCUAUAUAGAUUAUAACCGUCAGAGUCAUCAUGACUAAGACAGAUUGCGAAAUAAGCUUAGAUAAGAAUUUGAUUUAUUUUAUUCUGACUCAUUCCCCCCACCCCUAGAAACACCAUCGAAUCAUAGGGAAAUUCUGGUCUAACCAGGAAAUUCCCUUGCAACUUCAUUCAAACGCACUCAAAAAUGUCCCUCGAACAUUUUAACGCUCAAACGAAUUUCCAAUUUGAAGGGAAAUUUUCAGAUCAAAUGGGAACAUUUUCUUGUUGGUGGUUGAUUUUUCCCGUUUUCCAUUUUCGGGUUUUUUUUUUGGGGGGUUCGAGGCAGAUUUUUCGGCCGCUCACCCACCAGUCUCCGUUGCACCAUCAGACCAAGAACUACAUACGUGUGCGGCAAUGUGAAUAAUCGCGUAAUUCCCCCGGUUUUGAGAUCCAAAUCCCAGUGGUGUGUGGCGUUUGGCGUGUGUGUGUGUGUGUGUGCAUCACCAAAAAUGACUGAUUUCUCAAUGAACGAUAUCUUGAGAUCGUUUAGAAAAAUGCGCAUGAAUAAGAGUACGGGUCAGGGCGGACACCACCAGUAUCAUCCCCAGCAGCAGCAUCCUCAGAAUAUUCAGGCCUAUCAGCACACCUAUCCCGUGCAACAGUCCAAGGAUUUGAAGAAAAUCAUCAAAAUAAUUAAAAAGAAUUUAAUCAAAGAGAAAAUUACGCGACAAAUGAAAAUACUUGUUUAA